AUGUCCUCGCGCUUUCCCCCUUCAUCCGGGUAUUCUUCCCGCGGAGACUGUUCACCACCCCAGCGCUAUUCAGACCGCAGACCUUCAUUACCGCCUGGUCCUCGAGAUGACCCGAACCUUACACCCUUAGGUCGCGAACCGCCGCGAGGCCCAAAAGCAUUGAUUGACGCUCCUCGUGGAGGUUAUGCCGGUCGCGGUCGAGGCUACCCACCACGCAAUGACUUUCGCGACAGAGAUAGAGAUCGCGAUAGGGACAGAGAUCGUGACCGCGAUUUUCGCGAUGGGCCACCAUUUCGUCGAGAUGAUCGCGACAGAGAUUGGCCUCGUCGAGACCGUGUAGACCGGGAUUUUGAUGCCCGCGACGGUCGUCCUCCUUUCCGUCGCUCGCGGUCGCCUCAACCACGCGAUCCACGAGAUUUUAGAGAUACUCGCGACCUUGGUCCUCCUCGUGACGGUGAUAUUGUGCGCAUGAGGCGCAAUUCUAGAGACAGUCUUGUUUCCAGUUCGUCCAAUCCUGGCGAUGGUCCACCUGAUAUCAGAGGAAACCAGAACAUCGGCCAUCCGCCUCCAAUGCGAGGUGGUCUUGGACGCGGUCGUGGAAGGGGCGAUUGGGAAGGCGGUCGAGGACGUGGUCGCGGACAUUUUCUAGAUGAUCGAGAGAAUUUUCGCCGUCGAAGUAGGUCUCGCGACGGCUGGUGGGAUCGUGAAAGAGAACGAGACUUCAGAGAUCGUGAACGUGAUCGCGAGUUUGACCGGCGCGAUCGAUUUGAUCGUCGCGAUGAUGAAAGGCGACCUGAACGAGAUGACCGUGAUCGCCCGCUCGAAUCGUGGAAGAAAGAUAUCAUUUCAUCCCGUCCAGAGACCCGUGUUCCGUCUGGCCCACGAAGUACUUCGAUUCCGCCAGCGGGUCCAUCGAAUGCUCCUCGACCUGAGCCUAAACCCCAAGAUCUUCCAGCCGAACAAAGUCGCAAACCUUCUAUAGCAGCGCUGCCACCUGUGCGAGAUCCUCGUAGGGAUACAGACCGACCUGACCUUCCAUUGUCGCGUACAGAAACACUCAGGGAAUCAAUUGCAGCAAAGGGGUCGCCGCCACCAUCUGCGCCUCAGGUACCUGCUUUUGGAUCUGUUACUCUCCCUCCAAGUCUUCUCUCGAUUGAGAAAUCUUCCUCACAGCCGCCUUCGCAGCCACCUUCUCAAGCUACAUCGGUAACUGCGACACCCAACAAGCCUGAACGGAGUCGAGCAGAUAUUAUAUCUUCUGCCACAGCCAAAGAGCCUCCCAAAGAGGCGCCUACAGAACCCAAAGCUUAUCGGGGUGACAAAGCACAGCCCAGUGUACCAGCUCCCAAGGAAAAUGCCUCUGAACCAUCUCGAUUGGAUCUACCAAGUCGAUCUUCUAAGCCUACUCCAACGGGUCCCGCAGUUUCCCCCGAGCCAAGCCACGAUGUGCCUCCUCCGAUUGCCCCGGCAGCUACAUUAAAACGAGAUUCAGUUCCAGCAGAGCCUCGAGCUCAUCACGACAACUUUGGAGCAACUUCUCCUCCAUUAGGUCCUGCAGCUCCAUCACCAAUACUAUCGCGGUCGCAGUUACCUCCUGCAGGUCGUGGAGGCUCCCCUCAGACUUCUCCACGAAUGACAUUUACCAGUGUGCCUACGGGACCUCGUGCAGGAGUCAGACAGUCUUCUCGCGGUGGCCAUGCAAAGAGUAAACAGUGGUUGCGUCCUGGAUAUAACCGUGUUCCUCCGUCAAGCACUUCCGUCGGCAACCGGCAGGAGUCACAUGAAGAUGCAGAAUUGGACGAAUCACUUCAUGUCGAGGACAAGAAGCCUCUUGAGGACAAGCAUAAUGAAGAAGCUAAGUCUGUUGACAAAGUACUUGAGAAGGUGGAGUCGCCUACGAUCGAGAAAGAAAAACUGCUUGAAACUGCGCCUUCAGUAACAGCACCGCCUGAGGCUGACCGAGUCAAGACGCCAAACCAAGGUCUAGAGGCAAAAGAUGAAGGCGAAGGAACUCCAUCUAUACCAGACUUCACACGUUCUAGCGAUGAAGAAGACGAAAACGAGGUCUUCACUGAGGCCUAUCUUCAAGAACGAAGAAGCCUCUUCGAGAAGAGUAUGCGCGCGCUACAAGCCGAACUUCCACCGCCAACGUUGGAGGAUCCUGUGAUUGUGGACUUGCUUAUGAAAGUUCAGUUGUUGGGUAUGAUUAUUGAUGGCAGUGUUCCUGAAGAACCAGAACCGUCCGCGGUUGAAACCAAUGUGGAGGAGGUCUCAAAGAAAGUGGUCUCCGCUCCAAUCUACAAAGAGGAGAUGGAUGUUGAUGAAACUAUUACUACAACCUCGACAAAGGAAAUCACUCUAGUUGAAGCCGUCAACAAAGAGACCAUCACUGUUGAUAAUUUGCCUUUCUUGGUCUCUGGCCCUCCCACUCCAAUAUCAGAGCUUGACGUCUACCAAGAGAAUAUCAAGACACACGAGCGCAUACAGGAGGCAAUUCGCAACACUGUGGCCAAACAGCGCAAGGAUGCUUCAGAAAAGAACAAACGACUACGAGAGGAGUACGCUGCGCUAUACAGACCUUGGCGAUUGACUGUACGGGAAUUGGAUCAAAAGAAAGACGAGGAGAGAAAAGGAAGUACUCCUGGUGCAGCUACACCACCUGUGACUCCAGCUCCAGCUCCAGUUGCUGAGGGCCGCGAAGGUAGACGAUACAAGGGAAACAGUGAGCUUGAUUUUCAGAACGCACUCAAAGCAUCUGCGAUCUCCGCUCAAGAGGAGUUUGAGCGUCGUCGUCAGAUGGAGGCCACAGCCCGACCGGACCUUGACAAGGAAGCUGUCAUUCCGGAUAUGCUUGAGGAGUAUGAGAUUGAAGCUAGUGUUUUUAAAGAUACCAACAACAAGAUCGACCCUGCCGAUGCCUUGGCGGUCUAUGGUUUCUAUCCACCACCAGAUGACUUUACGGAAGAAGAACACAAGUUGUUUACCGAUGCGUUCAUGGCAUACCCAAAGAAAUGGGGUAAGAUUGCCGAUGAGCUGCCGGGCCGUACAUACGCUCAAUGUAUCAGUCAUUACUACAUGACCAAAGAGGAGAUCAAGUACAAGGCCAAAUUGAACAAGAGAUGGAGAUCGCAACGACGCGCAAGAAAGUCAACUACGCGACCAAAGUCUAAUGCUCUCAUGUCCGAUUUGAAGGCAGAAGGUGACGAUGAAGAGACUGUUCAAAUGACGGAAACCGGACGACCUCGCCGUGCAGCGGCUCCGACAUUUGGAGGUGAUUCGACUACUGAAGCGGAGAACUCGCGUCGCGGUAAUGCCAAGGAGAACGAACAGGGUGAGAAGCCUAGCAGACGUGGUAGAACUGGUGCUGGUUCACGUGGAGGACGGAGAGGUCGGGCUGCUGCUCAACAGCAACAGCAACAGCAACAACAGCAGCAACAGCAGCAACAGCAACAACAGCAACAACAACAACAACCGCCGCCGCCGCCGCCUCCGCAACCGCCACAAGUGCAGCAGCAACCAUUACAGCAACAAGCGCAAGCUGUCCAGGCUCCUUUGCACAUACAAGCGCAGCCACAGACUGUUCCUCAGCAACCUCUUCCAUCUUCAACAGCAAUUGCUCCCGGAGUGCCGCUGAUGGCGAAACAGGAGCCUCGAGUGGUUGAAAGUCCAUACGAAGCAGCCGCCAAGGUCAAGGAACCGGAACCAAAUAAUGAGGACCUUAUUCCGCGAAACAAGCCUGCUCGUCGCGGCAAGGAUUCCAUCUAUGUAUUUGACGCUUCUGUUGAUUACGACGCUCUCAAGCCUUCGUACGAAAUGGGAUAUGGCGCGAUGCAACCGACAAGUUACUGGUCAGUUCCAGAAGUGCGAGAUUUCCCGAUAUUGCUGGCACAUUUUGGACGCGACUUUGAGGGUAUAUCGAAUUUUAUGAAGACAAAGACGCCGAUAAUGGUCAAAAAUUACUACCAGCGCAAGAUCGAUUCCGGCAAUAAUGAGUUCGAGGAGAUUGUCAAGGUCACCGAAGUCAAGAAGAUGCGAGGCGAAGCUACUGGCCCCUUACCAACACCAAAUCCUACUGUCAAGAGGCGCUACGAAGCCACACCGUCUGCAGUGACCCCUCGACCACUUGCUCCGCAUACCGACAUUGAACAUCUUGAAGAUGGUCGCUUGGGACAGAAGAAGGUUGUCAUGUCUCCUCCGCGUACUGUUCAGGAACUCGCUCCCGAUCGGAACUUGGGUAGAUAUCCUCCGUUGGCACAAGCUACUGGAGCACCGUCCACAGGUGCAAUUAUGUCAGAUGAUCCGUUGCGUAACCUGCGUCAAUCUGCACCUCGCAGCUUCACAGGUCCGCGCAUGGGAUACUUUACAGAAGAUCGUCGCGAAGCACGAACGUCUUCAGGAGGUGCUCGCGGUCCUGAGCUACAGCCGUCUCCUCGAGUUGCUCCCACGGCGCAGAGCCACGAUGUUGGUCGCAUGGAGCCUUUGCCUCCGCAGUUACGAGCACGACCAGAUUUCCACGGACCACAAGCACAGUAUCAGCCUGGACAGCCACCAGUUUACAUGCAAGCUCAGCAAUCAUCAGCAAUGCCGGGCUCGCACUCCCGAAAUCAUAGCCUGACUGGUGCAACAGCACCUGGAUCUCCAGCGCAACAAUUGCGUAGACACACCCCCGAUAUUUCGCCUAUUCGUCGAUCUUCGUUCGGUCAGACGCAAUCCCAGACUGGGUAUUAUCCAUAUGCUGCAGCCAAUGUUCUUCCAAAGACGACGGUAUCCCCUGUCAAGGAGCUACCGGCACCUAUGCCAGCUCCUUCACAGGAGCCUCCUCGCCAGGUGCCUGCUAAGCGAUCUAACAUUAUGAGCAUCUUGAAUGACGAGCCAGAAGACCUGCCACCACGUAAGCGUUUUGCAAGCGAGAUGGUUUCGUCGCCUAGGAUGUCUUACGGCCAGACCGAUGCUCCUGGCCCAGCGACAUCAAAUCUCCGUCAUGACGAAAAAGCCUCGUACCUUCCUCCUAGUCAGCAGCAACCACCUCAGCAUCAGACUUCAGGACGUCCAUACGCGGACUAUCCAUAUGCACCAUCUUUAGGUAAUCCAUCUGCUGCUAACGGUCCACCGAAUCACGAUUGGAUGGCCAGAUUUGAUCCACGCAGUCAAACUCAGCCUACAGAACCCGUCCGUCAAGCUCCUCAGAGUCAGUAUGGUGGUGGUGGUGGUGGUGGUGGUUAUCAGCCUUCGCAGGCUGCAUCAAACAGUCAACCUCCUACUCCGUCUCAGAGCAAUCCUCCAAACGCAGGUCAUCGUGGAUAUCAAGGUUACCCACCGCCUCAUGGUCAAGGCGCACCUACUCCGCCACUUUUGGCAUCAACCAAUCGUGAUUCUCGCGACCUUCGCGACCCUCGUGACUCUGCAAGUUCUGUCUACCGCCACCAAAACGCCGCGUCUCCACCGCCUCAUCAAAAUGUGAUGUAUGGUUCGCGGCAAGUGCAGUCACCCGCUCAAUCUCCUGCCCCUUCAUUGAGUAUGCCACAGCCUCGUCAACCAUCUGGCUCUGGUCCGUCAUAUAGUUCCUCGACACAUCCACAGACAUCAUCCCCUCAUCCACUGGCACCUCAGCAACGAUCGAGCCACGGCGGCCAUCAAUCAUACCAACAACAUGUGCAGGCCAUGGUGAACGGACAACAAGGACAACCCGUACCAUCCUCCGGACGACCAUCUAUGGGGAUAGCUAGUGGCGCGCCCAACGCUCCAUCGCCUUACGGAUCAUCUGCCCCUCCAUCUUCUCAGCAACAACACCAGCAACAGUCUGGAGGCCCGUAUCGCCCUGGCUCCCUCGGCAAUCCUCUGCCUCGACCUUAUACACCGCCAUCCGGUGUCCAUGCGCCUCCACCAGCGCCUACGCUAGGAGGAAUUCCUUAUCCUAACAACGGACCUGGCGGAGCACACAUGCAUCAUAAUGCAUAUCCGCAUCCGCACGAAUCCCAGCACCCCAGUCAUCAUAGGGUGUACAGUCAAGGAGGAUCGGCGCCUUCAUCGAGGUGA